AUGGACAAAAGACUUGUCUUGACGGAUGAGGAGGAGAGUGGUCCCUUGAGAGAGCUCUUGAGGUGCCACGAGCGGCUUACCUUGGACGCGCUUCAAGAAUCGCAUAUAGAGACUGAGGAGGAAGAGAGUGGAGUCUUGGGUGAGCUGUUGAGACGCCAAGGACAAGUUGGAGACCCCUUCAUUGCAGCCCUCAUGCAUCCGCCUAGCCCAUCCCUCGAGGCACCUCAAGGCUCGAAUGAGAGCACCGGCCAGCCGCUGUUGAGGCGCCAGGGACAGCUUGAGGAGCUCGCCAUGGCGCCUUGCAUGUAUCAGUGCCGGCUGCCUGUGAAUCCCCAGGACCCCGUGCUGUUUCCGUCCCAUUCACAUGCUCCUCAAGUCCCUGUUUUGGAACGAGCCGUGACGGAGCUGUUUCAGGAACAGCAACGGCAGCAGCAGCAGCGGCGGCAGCAGCAGCAGCAGCAGCAGCAGCAAGUGGCAGUGGAGAGCUGGAGCGCACAUGGUUUGAGCGCCUCCGGAACAGACAGUAUGGUGGUAGCAGGCGGUGGUGGUGAUGCCACUAGCAUUGACAGAUCUGCAGCAGCAUCGGCCUCUUUGGUGCGACAGCAGCAAGCGGCGAUCAGAAGCUGGGUGGCACAGGCUGAGCUGGCAGGGCUGUCUCUGCCUCCCGAUUUGAUCCGAGAAUCUGCACAUGCCGCCCGUUUCGCGCAAAUGCAGAUGCAGAUGGAGGAGCAAGGCGGGAUAGGGGAUGUGCCUCUGCAUGCUAUUCCUGAGUGUUCUCACGUGCAAGCUGAGGGGGAGAAACCCACUCUGGCUUUUUCAGAGCAGGUGGAGAAGGGUGGGUGCUUUGGUGCAAGGCAGGAGAGAGGGAUGUCGGAGGAGAUGAUGAUGCUGGAAGCUCUCAUGGCGCACCAUGGAGAGAUGCCGUGGGAAGGGAUGAUGUGGGGUGGACGGGUGAUGGAGGCGGGAGCACCGAUGCCGGAGGGACGGAUGAUGCAAAGUUCUUCUUUUGAGGUGGCUCUAAAUGCUGCUGCUGCUGCUGCUGCUGCCUAUCCGCCCCCUGCUUUCUUUAUGCCCACUGCUCUUGGUGCUUGCUGCACGCCUGCAGCCACUCCUAGUGUUUGCCAUGAGGGAGAAAGAGGACACGCCGUGACAGUGCAAGAUCCUCCUGCCACAUGGACGCCCCUGAUUGGUUUGGAGAAGCUACCGCAGUGGUCAAAAGUGAGGGGAGUGGAGGAUGAGAGGGGGGUGGAGGAUGAGAGGGGAGUGAGAACGGCAAAGGGGGGAGUUAGGAAGGUAGAGACGGGAGCGAAAGAGGCAAAGCGGAAGGAGUGUGGGUGGGAAGGGGAGGACUGGCGACCGCGCAUUCGAACGCGAUUGGAUGGACAGGCGGUGGGGCUGGGGUGCAUACAGGCGAGGAGCAUGAAGGAGAGGCACCGCCGCGAUCGCAUCAGGAGAGGUCUGGAGAAGCUUCGUAGGGUGCUGCCCCCAUCUCUCACAAGAGCACAACUCGAUACAGCCACAAUGAUGGAGUCUGCUCUUUCUCACAUACGAGACCUACAGGUCCAGAUUGGAGCAUUGGAGAACGCAAACGACCCUUUCAGUCGCCUGAAAUAUGGCAAACGACCCUUUCAGUCGCCUGAAAUAUGGCUCGAAGAUCAAAACACCGACAUCUGCAACAGAGGAGGCAACAUGUGGCUCAGCAACACCUUAGGUGCUUCCAGGGUGACUCCUGAGUCGAUUUAA